CUAUAGGUUAAGUGAAAAAAAUAAUAAAAUCGUUUUUGACUUUUUCAAAAGAAACUUCUCUUCUUGUCUUCUUUAAAUAUUCAAAUUCGUCGUCCUCUCUUUCGUUAUGUGUUUAAAUUAAAAUUUUGUACCUCUCUGUCUCUUCGUUGGAAACUCGGAAGCUUCGGAAAUGGCGAGGACUUGUACGGAAGAUGAUGAAAAAGCCCUUUUGAUCUCUCAUCGCAAUCAAGAAGACGAAGAAGACGAUGACGUAGAAGAAGAAGACGAAGCUUUGUCUCUUUGUGAUUUACCGGUGAAUUUACCGAACGAGAACGGCGAAUUACGAUCGAUUGUCAAAGAAGAAGAUGAAGAAUUCGAAUUUGGAAUCGGGUCAUCGUUUCGAGCCGGGUCGGAUUCAUGUGAACCAGCUCCGGAGAUGAGUACGGCGGACGAGUUAUUCUUCAAAGGGCGAAUUCUGCCGUUACGUCAUUCCGUCAGUUUAGACGCCGGACUUAACGAGCCGACCCGGUUAAUUACAAGAUCCGAAUCGGUUGAAUACAGAAGAACCGGAAUUAGAUCGGACCGGAAAAUCAAAAACAAUUUCAUCGAUUAUAGUCAACCAAGUCCACAACCACAGAUUCGAAGAUCAUCGAGCAUGACGGCUCGUGUUAAUUCAAUCAGAAACCCUAAAUCAUCUUCGAUUUGGGAUUUUCUCAGGUUAGGACUCGUCCGUACGCCGGAGAUCGAACUCCGAACCACCGCCGGAAACGCGAGAUUGUCAGUGAGUCGGAAUAGUAGUUGUAGUAGUACAAGCACGAGUUCGAAUUCGAAGAAAACAGGAUCUGGAGAAUCGAGAUCGAGGAAUCGGAGGAGAAGUUUUUUGUUUUCGGAUUGUAAGUGUUCGGUGUCGACGGAGACGAUGAUGGUACCAGUGAAGAUCAAAGUUGAGACGGAGGAGAAACAGAGGAUGAUGGAGAAGAAGACGGCGAAGAAAGAGGAGAAAUCAGCGAUGGCGAGGAAGAGAACGUUUGAGUGGUUAAAAGAGUUGUCACAGGUAGGAGAGAUGAUUUGCUCAUGGUGGCCUUCGUCACCGGAGCCAAGCUACCGCCGUCUUCAAGUCAAAGCAACAUCAACCGCAAUGGCCAAAUCAGAGUUUGAGUUUCCAUCGUGAAGGCCAAAUUGUAGAUGGGUUUCUCAUUAUUGUCGUUAAUUGUUCUUGAUUUUGAGUAUCAGCUCUCAUGUAAAUUGAAUCGAUUUUGUUUUGGGUGAUGUCACAGAUUGUAGAAGAAGUGCGAAUCCAAACAAAAAAAGAAUAAAAAAAUUGCUUGAUU